AUGAACCUGCGUGGCUUGUUCCAGGACUUCAACCCCAGCAAAUUUCUUAUUUAUGCCUGCUUGCUGCUUUUCUCCGUGUUGCUCUCUCUACGUCUGGAUGACAAAAUUCAAUGGAGUUACUGGGCUGUAUUUGCUCCAAUAUGGCUCUGGAAGCUAAUGGUGAUUGUUGGUGCCUCAGUUGGAACAGGAGUAUGGGCCCGAAACCCACAGUAUCGAGCCGAAGGAGAAACCUGUGUGGAGUUCAAGGCCAUGUUAAUCGCAGUAGGCAUCCACCUGCUGCUGCUGAUGUUUGAAGUUCUGGUGUGUGACAGGAUCGAACGAGGAACCCACUUCUGGCUUCUGGUCUUCAUGCCAUUAUUCUUUGUAUCUCCAGUGUCAGUCGCAGCUUGUGUGUGGGGAUUCCGACAUGACAGGUCUCUGGAGCUGGAAAUCUUGUGUUCAGUCAAUAUUCUACAGUUCAUAUUUAUUGCGCUCAGACUGGAUGAGAUCAUCAGAUGGCCUUGGCUUGUUGUCUGUGUUCCACUGUGGAUCUUGAUGUCCUUUCUGUGUCUAGUAGUGCUCUAUUAUAUUGUAUGGUCUGUGCUGUUCUUGCGCUCUAUGGAUGUGAUUGCUGAGCAAAGGAGGACACACAUAACAAUGGCUGUCAGCUGGAUGACAAUUGUCGUUCCACUGCUCACAUUCGAGAUCUUACUAGUACACAGACUGGAUGGACAUAAUUCUUUCUCUUUUAUACCCAUAUUUGUUCCUCUCUGGCUUUCACUAAUAACUUUAAUGGCAACAACAUUUGGACAAAAAGGAGGAAAUCAUUGGUGGUUUGGAAUUCGCAAAGACUUUUGCCAGUUCCUGCUUGAAAUUUUCCCUUUCUUACGAGAAUAUGGAAAUAUUUCUUACGAUCUUCAUCAUGAAGAUAAUGAGGAAACAGAAGAAACACCACUGCCUGAACCACCAAAAAUUGCACCAGCAAUGUUUCGAAAAAAGACUGGAGUGGUCAUUACACAGAGUCCAGGAAAAUAUGUGAUUCCACCUCCCAAAUUAAACAUUGAUAUGCCAGAUUAAGGUGACAGUAGCGUAUUAAAAUCGAACAGGGAAUCAGCAGACAAAUGUAUUUCAUCUCAUGCCUUGUCCUGAUUACUUUAAAAUAGGCAUUGCAGAAUCAGUGGCUUGGAUGACACAAAUCAGAAAUCUUGAAGAUAAUCAGACAAUUUUUCCAGAGAUAUGUGGUGGUCUAAUUUGUGAACCUUCCUAAUGGGUUGGUUGCACGCUUGUCUGUAUAGUAUUUAUAUGAACAUUUUACCAUUGUAAUAUAUUGUUUACAAGUCUUGUCCUGUACAGUGUAAGUAUUAUCUGAAAGUAUUUUUUUAAAAACCCUGUAUGAAAUGCCUAUACUAUUCUAAGUGUCUUCUAGGUCCUAAAUAUACACUUGAUUUCCAUGUCUGUUUUAAAUGCCUUGGGAUGCCUUAGUAUAGUACCCCUUCUUUUCCUGUUCAGCCACAAUCAUUGUCCUAAUCACAAGAGCACAGAAGUGUUGCACUUCUCAGGUGAGACUGGAAAGCUUUUUGGGAGGGAAACAGGAGGGAAACAGAAUGUAUAACAACUUAAGUGAUGUUUUUGAGUUAGCUAUGUAAACUUUCAUCUAAGUGUUUCAACUUUUUCCCUGCUUUGGCAGUUAAGUGUUGCUUUGGUUGCUUUUCCAGUUUCAUGGUUUAAUUCCUUUUGAGCAGCACAUACACCAUUCUGCCAUUAAACUGGCUGCCUAAAAAGCUGUUCCCACUUGCUCUUUGUGUGCAGUCUAGGCCAGAACCAUCAGCUGGUGUAAAUAUUCACAGACUGACAAUUUGCAGUGUUGGAAGGGACCCUCAAAGGUCAUCUUGUCCAACUUCCCCAGGAGUGAGCAGGGACACCCCUUAACUAGAUCAGGCUGUCCAAAUAUCAUAGCUUGGUCUUCAUUACCAAAUUUGUGUUGGUGUAAAUGAUUAAACUUUUCCAAGACAGGAACUCAUUAGUGUCAGUAGAGCUUUUUCCCAUUUGAAGAAAGACCACCUUUGACAGAUUGUCUUGGACUUCCAGGUGCUUUAAAGAAACAUAGUCUUUGAAACCUAUAAUCAAGUAUCUUAGAACAACAGGUGUCUGGUACUCCCACAUCUUUGCAGCUCCUCUUUGUGUUUAGGUGACCCCCUAGUUUAGGUAAAGGCCAAGAAAGGUCCUUACAAAGUUGGACUAGGCAAUCCUGUGCAAAAAGAGCGCCUUAUGUUCACCUGAGUAGAGCGCCAGCAGACACCAUGUCUGAAUGUGCCUCAGCUUUCUGAAGAAGUUCUGGAAGGUUGUUGAAGACAUCAAGUUUAUUUUGUGGGGUGACGAUGGAAAGCGGGUAGUGAUCCAUGAAGAACUGUUCAGAGGAAGCACUGUCAAGGAGAGGAUGUCUGAGAAUUUUUCCAUGUGAGAAUAUGAAGACCUUCACACAGCACCUCCUUCUGCUCGGAUUCACCAGAAAGCUCUGGGAUUUUCCAGAAUUUGGCUCAUGCAACACCUUGCUGUUUGAAGAAACAGCUUGGGAGUUUCACUUCUACUAUGACCCAUACUUAAGAAGGUAUUUGCCACAUCAGCUGCUGAAGUACAAAGCCAUCUUUGGUCUUGCAAAUCAAAUUCCAGCAGUUUUCACUGAACACAGACUGCACGCAUGUCACCAAAAAAGUGGAUGUUGAGCUGGUGUGGGAAACCACUUCCACGGAGGAGAGCAGCCCAUUUCCAGCAAGUCCAAGGGAAAAGAUGGAGACAUCUGCAAUCCCGGAGUCCACACCUGGCAAACAGCGUGACAGGGCAUCUCCCUGCAUCAGACAUGCCUUGAUAAUCAGCAUGUGCUGCUGCUGUGACAAACACAAGAGCCUGUGGCAGCAGAAGAUGGGCAGCAGCUCAGUCCUCUGGCUCCCUCUUCUGCUGCAGCACAGCAGCCCUGGCCUGGCUGGCAUCCAGGUUAGUGCUGCUGCUGCUUCACUGGGUCAUGUCCCUUUCCACCAGGGCUGGCACCUCCCAUCUCUCCACCUGUGCUGGCAGCAGCUGCUGCACUAUGCCAAGGCCACCUCAGGGCCAAACUCCACCCCACCACCCCUGCCCAUCAGCUACUUGUGCUCCAAACUGGAACUGCAGGCACUGGCCUUGGACCCCCAACCCAAGUCCCACCAGGUACCUUCUGCAGCUUUUUGAGAAGGUGCGUAAUCCAACACAACAGAGCCUCUCACGUGUUCCAAUAA